AUUCAGAAAAUUAACAGAAACCAAAGACCAAAAUGGCCCAAAAGAAUACUUCAUUAAGGUCCUACCUUACACAGGAAUGAACAUCGUCUGUCCAGGUGACGUCACAGUGAACACGUGGAGAACACGUCCUCAGUACAUGCUAACUUUAUACGAGAAUUUGUGGCACGUGGACAAAGCUGGAUACGAUAAAUGCGAGGUGAACAAGGAUGGGAAACUCCUGUUGGUCUGUAACAGUCCUAAGAAUCCCAAGAAAUUACAAUUUUCAUUCCAUCCCAUCUAUUCGAACGAGGAACCAAGAUUUGCCCCAGGAAAACAUUACUACUUCAUAAGUAAGUUUACACUUUGUUGCAGGUAAACUACGUGAAGCGUUCCUCUUUUAAGUUCCUAACUUGAUUGCAAUUUUCCUCAUUACCUUAGUGUAAAGGGGUAUGGCAAUAAGAAGUUAAAAUUAUAUAUAUCAAUAUAUGUAAAAAAUGCCCGAAUCUUUUUAUCAGGGAUGAACUAUUUUACUUUCUGGGAUCGCAAGAGAACAUUAAAAAUAUCCUGCAAAUCACCAGUAAAUUGACACUUGGACACUGUAACUGUAUGCCACUAACAAGUUGUCAAACUGGAUGUCACGCCAUAUUUUAACAGAAAAAAAUUAUUUAACUGCACUGAGAAUCUUAAUAAUACUUAGUUUUAGGGAUAUAACACAAAGAAUGCAUCGAGGGUCUGAUCCUAAGGUAAAUUUACAGAUGCAAUAAAAAGCCAGUGCUACAAGGGAGCCCUAUCAGGGGAUAAAUGCUCCCCCAGAAAGUUUUGAGGCAUCCCUGAUUGGCUAAGAAUACAUUUGCCAUACAACAUUAGUUAUACAUUAUUCUAUAGUCUAUACGUUAUGUACUAUCGUGAACCGACUAUCUUCAGACCCUGAUGAAUUCGAAGCGAAUUAAAGUGGAAUUUGUGUUCGAUAUCACGUGAUAAUAAUCUGUUACAUAAUAUGUUUUUAUAAUAUUUCAAGGUACGAGUAAUGGGAUACAAUAUGACCUUACCACGCGUCGAACAAGCGGAGAUGAUGGGCACUGUAUUAAGUAUCACAUGAAACUUCACAUCUAUGUCUGUAAUCCUAAAGAGGGUAAGAUAUGUUUAAAAAUUUAGUUCAUUACGCUAUUAAUGAACAAGCAUAGGUGUUUUGUUAAAUUCAAUCACUGAUCUAUCAUUCCCAGAAUAGCAAUAUAAGAACAGUGGCGCCUCCUUAAAUGUGCCAUGAAUAACUAAUGAGGUCACCAAGAUGGCUGCCACAAAUCUCAUUGUCUAUUGUUUAAAACGUUCUAAAACUCAUUAGAAUAUAUGUGGGAAGCUCUAUCUUUCACGUUACAUAUAAAAAUACGUUUGUUUAAUAAUGUAGGUAAUUUAAACACGUCGCGAUCCGACUCGCAGAGAUUUUGACAGACUUUAAAAUUUCAUCUCAUUAUAAGUAUUCAGGCUUCAAAAUUGGCUGAUUGAAUUGAAAAUACUCUAUAUCCUGUCCUAUAAUAGUUCUCGUUUUAUUCCAUGUAAACUUGGUAACAGUUGGUUAACACUAAGCAUAAAAAAUCAAUGUAUGCACUUAGAAACCAUUUCUGCAAAAGGCUUCCCUUGAAAAAAAAAUGGGGCGGGGGCGGGGGAGUGAUGCACACGCAAUUCUGGACAGACAAAUCGACUAGAAUUUUUGGCCUUAGAACUGGUCGAAUUAUUACGAAUAUGAACAAUGACACAGAUCAUUCUGUUGCAUUGCAAGCAUCGGGCUGGAAGCCACUUAAAACAGAAAGGAAGAAAACUAAAGCAAAAAUCAUGUACAAAUUAUUAAAUAAAAUGGGUCCGAAGUCAAAUGAGAAAAUAAAAAAAUAUGUUGCCAUUUUCCUUUAAAUAAAAUUUUCCUAUCUAUCUUUUUCUGUCCAUCUAAAGGUUAUACAGUAAUAUAUAUUUCCCUAAUCUUACAGAGGACUGUAUUUGGGAGCCUCCGCAAUGUGAUACUCCCGCAGAAAUUAAACAACGAAUGUUAAUGAUUAACGGUAAACUGCCAAGACCGACACGACAACAAAUGCAGGCAACCGAACCAAGAAUCCCAGCAACAAAACGUAUCAUAACACAGGCAGUUGAAUCAACAACCAAGAAACGACCAGGUGUUGUGGCACAAAAGAUUGAAACGGAAUGCAAAAAUGAAAGUGCAAGUAAGUUGAAUCGUGAUUAAUAACGUCUUUCAAUCCUGGGUGGGGUAUGCUACUUCGUCUUGUUAAAACGGGAUGGGUUUACUAGCGAAGGGGGAUGAUGUGAUGUGCGCACCCACCCUGGUUUUGACAUGGGAAGAGGGGUACAAGGCAUUCAAUCGUUUGCUCACUUUGUUUCUGAGAUAUUUCAGUUCAGGUUUGGUAUGCAAAUAUCCGGAAUUCACGUCACAAUUAAUGCAUAAGGAUUUAAAGUAAAAGCUUGUAUAUCGUAUUCACUAUCGAGUUUAAUUCAUUAAAAUGAUGUUUGGAGUUGUGGGAGGAAUACAUACCUAUAAUCUAUAUGUAAAACACCAUUUAGCCUCUUUAUUUCAUGAUAUUUAACUGUACCUUACAUUCUUUGAUCAGUCAUUAUUCAUAUCUGACGUAAAUUCCGGACAUUUGCAUAUCAAUAAAACUGAAAUAACUCAGAGAUAAAGUGUACAAUCGAAAAUCUUCAAAAUAAGUUAAAAUAUCAUUUCAAAGGUUCUUAGGAAUGAGAUGUCAGAAGAAUUGAGAUUAUAGAAUAUAGGUGCAUUUUAAACGAAGUCAAUGAUAUUUACUUUACUUGAACUGUCACUUACUAAAUCACACAUUUUCCGCGUUUCAUGAUUGUAUGUAGCAAAUCUGUGUAAUUCAAUCAAAAGUUAAACACUAACCUGAAUGGUUAAUUAUUAACCUCAAAAAGUUAAACAUUAAGUUGUAAUUUCAUUUGUAAACAUCAAUUUUCCCUCUCAUUAUUUCCCGCUUGUUUUUAAAUUUUCAACUCCCAAGGAGCCUUUGCGAGCUCAACUCUCCCCAGUUCUCCAGUACAAGCGCAACCGGCAUAAUCAAUUCUUUCUUUCAAGGGCUCAUCUUAACUUUUUUGGCUACUAGCAAACACGUGCUAGUAGGUUUCACUGUUUCUAGAAAAAGCUAGUGCAAAGUCCUAGCCAAAUUUAAAAUCCAAUAUGUAACCAGAAUCGCUCAAUCUACCCGAAUAAAGUCCAAACUCGCAAAAUUUUGCAAGUGGAAUGUUUAUUUACAAGCAAAGGUUAAAAUUCACUCGCAUUCUGCGAGCGUUAUAAAGUUCAAGGCUUGAUUUUCAGUUUUUCCAUAAGAGGUUUUUCGGGACAACUUUUCCUUGUUUUGUUUGAAAACAUUGACAAUUUGUGUUGGCAAAAAAUUUUGUGGUAGCUUUUGGGUAUAAAGGAAAUUUGCGACGAACUUUUCUAACAAUGCAAUGGACAAGUCAUAACGAAGCUGAAAUAGGUUUUCACAUUUCAUAAAACCUUAUUUGAAUGGCUGAUAGUUUUAAAUGGAAAAUGCCUUGUAAUUAACCUUAAAUUUAUGUCGUUUCAGCAUCCGUUCAUGCGGUCAUGAAUUUUGUUCUUGGUGGUGUCAUUGUAUUUCUUAUUGCCGUUGUUAUCAUUCUCGCUUGUGCACUGGCGUAAGUAUUUUGCUUUUCUAUAUAUUCUACAUCUGUUCCCCGAUUCAUAUCUCCUUGGAAUAAUUGCAAAGUGAAUUUUGUAAAUUACCACAUUGUUAAAGGUACAGUUCAGCCUUUUGAAUGAUGGUUUUUAAGGCGCCGGCAUUUCAGCCCCUUUAAUUGAAGACUAACUAGGAAACUCAAUUAUGCAUAAUUCAAGAUCAGUAAAAUCAAUGUUUUUAACAAUAAAAAUGUUUUAAAAUGUUAAAAACAUUAAGCUUGCUGAUCUUGAAUAAUGCAUAAUUGAUUUUCCUAGUUAGUUUUUUCAAUUAAUGGGCUGAAAUGCGCCUUAAAAACCAUCGUUCAAAAGGCUGAACUGUGACUUUAAAUCAAAUUCUAGCCUUUAUAGUCGCCCAAAAUGCACACCUGCACUGAUCUAAAAAAGGAAUAGAUACAACAAUGGUUCUGAAUUCAAUGAUCAAUUUUUGACAAGUCUACUUUUAAAAAAAAUAUGGUUUUCACGACGCAAUUAAAUAUUAAAAAAAUAUUUGUGCAAACGAAUCCCGUCAAUAAAAAAGCUUCGGAUAAAAUGCUUAUAAAGUGCUCUUGCUAGAAAAACUGAUAUUCGGUUGACAUUUCUGUAGAAUGCUGGAAAAUUCGAGUUUCAAUUCUUACACACCUAUUGGACCCAUGACCAAGAACAGCUGUGAAAAAUGGGCUCUAACCAGGAUAUAGGGCUCUAACCAACUGAGCUACAGAGUCCAGCCGUCGAGCUCUAACCAAUUUUUCAUUUCGUGUUUUUUUUUCUUUCGUUGUGUAGAAAAAGAUCAAAACCAUCCAAGCUCCAAAAAGUCAAACUUCCAACAGAAACCAAACAACCGAGAAUAUACGAGAGCGUUCCUGUCCAACUUCCACCCAACAUGAUGAUACCUGUUGGACCACCACAGAGUGACUAUCUGGUGUAUACCAGACCCUGUACCCCAGAUCCUCUUUAUCAUGCAGUAAUAAGGACUCCGUCACAUCAUAAUUAUGAGGCUCCAGUGUUUAGAUUCCCCGAUGUUCCUCAAAGGAGUAGGAGAAGUUCUAUACAAAGAAGUCGAGCUGGUUCUGCUCAGGCUAAGUGCAGCAUAGAAAGGGAAGAUAAUAUGGAUUCCGUGUCGGUGUAAUGGAAUAUUUGAUAAGGAUUUUGUAGAUUCUAAUUCAUCUUUAUUGAAAUGGAACAUGAUUGUUGAAAAAGUGUUCAGAUUUCCUGUUGUGCUUCAAAGAAGUAGGGAAGAUUGAAGAAAUCAAGAUUGAAGAAAUCAAGCUGGUUUUACGCAGAUUUAAAAAGGAUGAUAUGGUCUCAGUUUCUCUGUGAUGGAAAUUUGGAGAAACGUUAAAAUUGAAGACAGUGACAAUUUGUACGGAUAGCGAUAUCAUAGGGCGCUUUCCAUUUAAUGGCCUGACCGGUCAGACCAGAAUUUUUUCUCUGUAUCAAUGGGAAGAUCUGGUCUAUGUUUCUCAAAUAUCUAGCGAAAAUGGACCUCAUUCUAAUUUUAUCUAAAUUUUCCGGUCAGAUAGGUCCGAAGCCCAAACGUUUUGUGUUUCAUUCAACAAUUUGACCGUUCUGAUCGGUUUGGCCGUGUUAAUGGAAAGCGUCCAUAGAAUCUUUGGAUUACUUCAACACUCGACAGAUAUAACUUGACAGUUCUUCAGUUGCUGUAGAGAAAGAGACAAAUUCGUCUUUACUGAAGACAAAGGUAAAGAUAUCAUUGAUUCUAUAGGGUAUGACACUUUGUGCAAGAGAACUAAUGUCUAAUGGAACAGCAAUUCAAAUGGACUUUCGAAUCAUGAAUUUCCACUUCUUCUCAAUUACACUUGGACAUUAUAAUUAAGAGACACAUGUGUUCAUACUCUCUGGUUGCCUCGAGAAAGCAGAAUUGGUUUCACACGUGUAUGAAAGACAUGAUAAUAUGGACUCCGUUUCAGCGUAGUGGAAUAUUAAGGUGUCUUGAAACAGUAGACAAACGGUGACAGUUCAAAGGUUUUCCAGCAAGGUACAUAGUUCCACACAGAAUAUGUACUGUCCAGAGAUGGUCCUUUGGACUCAAAGGACUUCAAACUCUCCAAGACAUGCACCAGAUGCAUACGGCAGAAUCAUAAACAUAACUGUUAGACCGACACUACAUUAUGGAGCCGACUUACGACCACGAGGGAUCACAACCAAACGCAAAUAUUUGUAGAUUAGACUGUAUAAAAAUUACACAAACAUAAUCAACGCACAAUUAGGUUUUCUAUAUAAAAUAAUGUAAGAUAUAACAGCCCUGCAUAAGGGUUUUUUAUCAUAGUUAAAGAAAUACACAUGCUUUGGAAACAUUGGAAACAUCAAGCGAACUUUAUUUAACUGAUUAAAGGUGGACUUUAACAUUGAAGUUCCAAUUUAGGUAAAUCAUUUGACAUCCCACAUACCAACUCCAGAUGCUUUGCAACCUUCCUGAAUAUAUAUAAAUUAUAUGAGAAGUACGGAAUGCUUUAAGUCAUCGUGAAAGCGAACAAGUUUCAAAAAGAACGGUACCCUUUAUUAAACAUCCAAAGCGAGUGUAUUUGCCAUUAACCAUGAUAUUGUGUAAAUAGCGUAGAGCUGUAGGCUCCUUCUCACCUUUUUAAAUGUACAUGACUGUACAUAUAUUCACUUGAGCUCAUAAAUAGCACACAAUAUACAUUCACUUUUUACUGUUUCUAAUGGGAAUUUGUUCCAUAAAUACAAUGUAAAUAUACAAAAUUGAAACAAUAUAUUUCUAUACAUUUUGUUGUAUAACAAGAUCUUCAACGUAAAUGUUGUAAAUAUAUGUAAAUAUAUGUUCAAUUAAAACAGAGAUGAAAUUGAAA